CACAGCCCAGCGGCGGCCAUUCGCGGAAAAAGAGGCAGAGCCUGUGCCAGCUACAGCCUCCUCCGAGCCACCGCGGGCGGGCGGGACCGGCCUCUCCUCCCGCCUCGCCCCCACCCCCACCCACCUCUAUCCCUGUGUCUCCGUCUGAGGGUUUGUCCUGUUAAUGCGGGAUGAGCGAUCAGAAGAAGGAGGAGGAGGAGGAGGCGGCGGCGGCAGCGGCAGCAGCAGCGGCGAUGGCUACAGAAGGAGGGAAAACCUCUGAGCCAGAGAAUAACAAUAAAAAACCCAAAACCUCAGGCUCCCAGGACUCUCAGCCCUCUCCUCUGGCUUUACUGGCAGCUACUUGCAGCAAAAUAGGGACUCCUGGUGAAAAUCAAGCAACUGGACAACAACAAAUAAUUAUAGAUCCAAGCCAAGGAUUGGUGCAACUUCAAAAUCAACCACAACAGCUAGAACUGGUAACAACACAACUUGCUGGAAACACUUGGCAACUUGUUGCCUCCACUCCUCCUGCUUCAAAAGAAAAUAACGUUUCUCAACCAGCUUCUAGUUCAUCUAGUUCUUCCAGCAGUAAUAACGGGAGUGCAUCUCCUACAAAAACUAAAUCAGGUAAUUCUUCCACCCCUGGUCAAUUUCAAGUCAUACAAGUACAAAAUCCAAGCGGUAGUGUGCAGUACCAAGUGAUUCCACAACUUCAGACUGUGGAAGGCCAGCAAAUUCAAAUCAAUCCAACUAGUAGUUCAUCUCUACAGGAUUUGCAGGGUCAAAUUCAGCUCAUUUCUGCAGGUAAUAAUCAAGCUAUACUCACAGCUGCUAACAGGACAGCUUCUGGGAAUAUUCUUGCUCAAAACCUGGCAAAUCAGACCGUUCCAGUCCAGAUUAGACCUGGUGUUUCAAUACCACUGCAAUUACAGACCCUUCCUGGUACUCAGGCUCAAGUUGUAACAACCCUACCAAUUAACAUUGGAGGCGUGACGUUGGCUUUGCCAGUGAUAAACAACGUGACUGCUGGAGGAGGGACUGGACAGGUUGGCCAGCCUGCUACUACUACUGAUAGUGGGACUUCCAAUGGGAGUCAGUUAGUUUCCACACCCACCACCACCACUGCUUCUGCCAGUACUAUGCCGGAAUCUCCCUCCUCCUCCACUACCUGCACAACCACUGCUUCAACAUCUCUGACGAGCAGUGACACGUUAGUGAGCUCAGCAGACACGGGCCAGUAUGCAAGCACAUCAGCCAGUAGUUCUGAACGCACUAUUGAAGAAUCUCAAACACCUGCUGCUACUGAGUCUGAAGCGCAGAGCUCCAGUCAGCUUCAGUCUAAUGGAAUACAGAAUACACAGGAUCAAUCAAAUUCUCUUCAGCAGGUGCAAAUUGUAGGCCAGCCUAUCUUACAGCAGAUCCAGAUCCAACAGCCUCAGCAGCAGAUCAUUCAGGCUAUUCCACCGCAGUCAUUUCAACUUCAGUCAGGGCAGACAAUUCAGACCAUCCAGCAGCAGCCUUUGCAGAAUGUUCAACUUCAAGCAGUAAAUCCGACUCAGGUGCUUAUCAGGGCUCCAACUUUAACACCUUCAGGGCAAAUCAGUUGGCAAACUGUACAGGUUCAGAAUAUUCAGAGUCUUUCAAAUUUGCAAGUUCAGAAUGCUGGGUUAUCCCAACAAUUAACCAUCACCCCAGUGUCUUCAAGUGGUGGCACAACUCUUGCUCAGAUUGCUCCUGUGGCUGUUGCUGGUGCCCCAAUAACUUUGAAUACUGCCCAGCUUGCAUCAGUGCCUAACCUUCAGACAGUGAGUGUUGCCAACCUGGGUGCUGCAGGUGUUCAAGUGCAAGGAGUUCCAGUUACAAUCACUAGUGUUGCAGGUCAGCAGCAAGGACAAGAUGGAGUAAAGGUCCAACAAGCCACCAUAGCUCCUGUAACUGUAGCAGUUGGAGGAAUUGCUAACGCAACGAUAGGUGCUGUUAGUCCUGACCAACUCACACAAGUGCAUUUGCAGCAAGGCCAGCAAGCUUCUGAUCAAGAGGUGCAGCCUGGCAAGAGGCUUCGAAGAGUUGCCUGUUCCUGUCCUAAUUGUAGGGAAGGAGAAGGAAGAGGCAGUAAUGAACCAGGAAAAAAGAAACAGCAUAUCUGUCACAUUGAAGGAUGUGGAAAAGUUUAUGGCAAAACAUCUCACCUACGAGCACAUCUUCGCUGGCAUACUGGAGAAAGACCUUUUGUAUGCAAUUGGAUGUUUUGUGGCAAAAGAUUCACAAGGAGCGAUGAGCUUCAGAGACAUAGAAGAACCCAUACAGGUGAAAAGAGAUUUGAAUGCCCAGAAUGUUCCAAAAGGUUUAUGCGGAGUGAUCAUCUCUCCAAACAUGUCAAAACGCACCAGAAUAAGAAAGGUGGUGGGACAGCUCUUGCCAUUGUUACCUCGGGAGAACUGGACUCAUCUGUUACAGAGGUGCUUGGCUCCCCAAGAAUUGUCACAGUUGCAGCCAUUUCUCAAGAUUCAAAUCCAGCAACUCCCAAUGUUUCAACCAACAUGGAAGAAUUCUAAAAAGUUAUUUAUAACAGAGACCUCUAGUGCUGCACUUAAGUUUACACACCUUUGAAAAUCUGGAAAUGGGCUGGUCAAGUGGAUUACAGAGUAGGAAAUCAUGUUUUCAUUCUUGGCUUCUUUAAGUAUUCCAAGAUUCUGGGUCAACAUGUGAAGUGUUGAAUUUUUAAAAAUACAAAAAGCAAACUGAUGUACUGGAAACAGAUAGAAAAGUAUUUCCUCCAUACUAUAAGUUGUAGUUAUUUGGAAAUAGAUCACAUAAUCCUUAAACUGAAUCUUCCCCCUCUUUUAACAUCAUGUGUUAAUAUGUUUAAAAAAGACAGACCUCAUUAGUUUGCAGGCUGGACCUUAAUUGGACUUGUUUCCUUUGGAAGUACUUUGUUACAAAUUUGGUCAGUAAUAAUCUUAUGUAUUUUUUUUUCCCUAUAGCACAGAAAACAGAUAGCUAACUGAUGAUAGGGAUAAUACUUUAUUUCCUUAGCUUGUUUUUGGAAAAUUAACUGAAAAUAGUUUUGGCCGUCUUUUCUAAAUGUUAGAAAUUCUUCAACAGUUGAAUUAGGUAAGUUCCAAAAAAGUAAUCUGAGAUGCAGCUCAGAUCUUUAUUACCACUACAUUAUAGUAGUGGGUAUGCAGACAAUCAGUGAAGUCCAAUUACUUUCUCCUUUUGGAGACCCAAGAAGAACAUAGAGCUAAACUUUAGGUUAAAUUUUAGAUUGAAACCUUAGGAAAAUACUGGGGUGGGGAGGGUGGUUAAAACAAAACUCAUAAUAGCUUCAGAAAAAUAAAACGAGGCAACUUAACAUGUAAGGUUUUGAAGUUAGGAUUGAUUAUAUUCCUAACCCUAGGUUGAACCACAAAAUUCAUUUUAAAUGUUUAUAUUGGAAAUAUUUGCAUAGAGUAUAAAUCAUUCUGUAGUUUCAUAUUCUGUAAAUAUGAGUUAUGUUGACAAUGUGCAGAAUUCUUUAUGCUUUGACUUGGUAGCCAAAGAAGGAAUUAUCACACCUUUUUUUAAGGCCAGCAGAAAAUUAUCUUUUAACUACAUUACAAUUUCCGUUUUCCUCUCUACUAAAAUUUAGCCAACCUCAUUUAUUUCUAGAACUGUGUUAGAAGGCUGGUUACUAAUUUAUAACAUAGAAAUGUAUUUAUGUUAUGCCGAUAACUGAGUUCUCCCUAAAAAGACAGCCUAACAAACACAUAACAUUGUGAUAUUAUGAAGCAAGUUAUUUUUUAAAAAUCAGAAUAAUGUUCCAAUAAGUGACUAAAGGAAAAAAAUGUAUUGUUUAUGCAAGGGUCUUAUAGGAAAGAUGGCCAAAAGUCUUGUGAAAAAAAUUUGGAUUAUACCAACAGCUUAAGUAUUAGUAAAAUAUCUCUGACUUUGAAAAUGUAUUUACGUGGAAGCAUAAUGGAAUUGGAAUUGACCAUUUGAAAACUAAAAUUUUUAACUGCCUGGUUUAUUAACAUUAUUAGUUUGGGGACCGUUUGAAUAAAGGUACGUGUUUUCUUG